GCCUGUCUGCAUUCUACUAUAUAAAGCAGCAGAGACGUUGACUAGCGCAUAUUUGCUAAGAGCACCAUGUGCGCAGCAGCCAUCUCCACUCCAAAGUUAGACAAGAUGCCAGGAAUGUUCUUCUCUGCUAACCCAAAGGAAUUGAAAGGAACCACUCAUUCACUUCUAGACGACAAAAUGCAAAAAAGGAGGCCAAAGACUUUUGGAAUGGAUAUGAAAGCAUACCUGAGAUCUAUGAUUCCACAUCUGGAAUCUGGAAUGAAAUCUUCCAAGUCCAAGGAUGUACUUUCUACUGCUGAAGUAAUGCAAUGGUCUCAAUCUCUGGAAAAACUUCUUGCCAACCCAACUGGUCAAAAUGUCUUUGGAAGUUUCCUAAAGUCCGAAUUCAGUGAGGAGAAUAUUGAGUUCUGGCUGGCUUGUGAAGACUAUAAGAAAACAGAGUCUGAUCUUUUGCCCUCCAAAGCAGAAGAGAUAUAUAAAGCAUUUGUGCAUUCAGAUGCUGCUAAACAAAUCAAUAUUGACUUCCGCACUCGAGAAUCUACAGCCAAGAAGAUUAAAGCACCAACCCCCACGUGUUUUGAUGAAGCACAAAAAGUCAUAUAUACUCUUAUGGAAAAGGACUCUUAUCCCAGGUUCCUCAAAUCAGAUAUUUACUUAAAUCUUCUAAAUGACCUGCAGGCUAAUAGCCUAAAGUGACUGGUCCCUGGCUGAAGGGAAUUAAAAGAUAGUAUCAAGUGCAGAAGGAAUGUGCCAGUGUGGCUCCCUGGGUGAACAGCUUGGCCUUUUUUGGGUGUCUUGACAGGCCAAGAAGAACAAAUGACUCAGAAUGGAUUAACAUGAAAGUUAUCCAGGCGCAGAGUUGAAGAAGCAUAAGCAAGACAAAAACAGAGAGACCGUAGAAGGAAGAAGAUACUGUGGUACUGUCAUAAAAAACAGUGGAGCUCUGUAUUAGAAAGCCCCUCGGAACUGGGAAGGCCAGGUAACUCUAGUUACACAGAAACUGUGACUAAAGGCUAUGAAACUGAUUACAACAGACUGUAAGAAUCAAGGUCAACUGACAUCUAUGCUACAUAUUAUUAUAUAGUUUGUACUGAGCUAUUGAAGUCCCAUUAACUUAAAGUAUAUGUUUUCAAAUUGCCAUUGCUACUAUUGCUUGUUGGUGUUAUUUUGUUUUACUGUUUUUGACUUUGGAAGAGAUUAACUGUGUAUUUAACUUAAGCUACUGCUCUUAAAACCAGGGAGUCAGAAUAUAUUUGUAAGUUAAAUCAUUGGUGCUAAUAAUACAUGUGGAUUUUGUAUUAAAAUAUAUAGAAGCAAUUUCUGUUUACAUGUCCUUGCUACUUUUAAAAACUUGCAUUUAUUCUUCAGAUUUUAAAAAUAAAUAAUUCAAAUAAGA